CGUAUUGUAUGGAUGAGACCAAGUCGUUUUGGUUACCAAACGGUAAAAAACACAGUUGGUUUGAUUGUCAUAGAAAGUUUUUGCCUGAAGGACAUCCUUAUAGGCGGAAUGUUAAAGAUUUCUUAAAAGGUAAAACUGUCCAUGAUGAUCCUCCACCAUGGUUAAACGGAGAGGAAAUAUUACAUGAAAGAAUAAAUAAUAUAUGUGGACUGCGUAAAACAGUUGAUUGUGGAGGCAAAGGACAUGACAAUCCUACUCGAUCUAUUGAAGGGUAUGGUGUUGAUCAUAAUUGGGUGAAGAAGAGUAUCUUUUGGGAGUUACCUUAUUGGGAGAACCUACUUCUUCGACACAAUCUUGAUUUUAUGCAUAAAGAAAAAAAUUUCUUUGAUAAUCUGGUUAACACAGUGCUAAAUGUACCUGGGAAGACAAAGGAUAGCAUAAACUCAAGGAUGGAUCUCCCUUUGUUUUGCAGAAGACCCGAGUUAGAGAUUUCCCAAGAUGGAAGAGUGCCUAUUCCAAUCUUUAGACUGUCGAAGGAAGGCAAAGAAAAAUUUCUAACAUGGUUGAAGACCGAUAUUAAAUUUCCAGAUGGGUAUGUUUCGAAAUUUUCACAUUGUGUUAAUUUGAACAGUGGAAAGAUAUCAGGAUUAAAAAGCCAUGACUGUCAUGUCAUCAUGCAACGACUUCUCCCAAUUGCAUUUGCGGAACUUCUUCCAAAACCUGUUCAUACGGCAAUUUCAGAUAUCGCACUCUUCUUUCGAGAUAUAUCUUCCAAAAUCUUGAAGAUUGAAGAUGUUGCUAGACCGAAAGAAAAUAUUGCAAUUAUGCUUUGCAAUCUUGAAAAAAUAUUUCCACCGGCAUUCUUUGAUGUGAUAGAACAUCUACCUGUCCAUCUCCCAGAUGAAGCUUUACUAGGUGGUCCGGUCCAAUAUAGGUGGAUGUAUCCGUUUGAACGAUACAUGUAUCAUCUGAAAAAAAAGGUUAAAAACAAAGCCAGGAUCGGAGGAUCAAUAGUGGCUCAGUGUGUGAAUGAAGAAAUUUCUUACGUGACAAAUAAUUAUAUUGCACCUUCAACAGUUCAAGUCCCUGAAAAAGAUGUCAACGAAAUCAGAUUCACUUACAAAUAUCUUGAUGUUCCAAUAAUGUUCCAGCAAGAAGGAAGAAUCAGUGGAAAAUCAAGUAGUGCAUGGUUAAAUGAUGAAGAUUAUAAUAUUCUUCAGACAUUUUUAUUGCUUAACUGUGAAGUAUUUGAACCAUAUGAGAGGAUGUUUGAAGAUUAUAUGAUGGAUAACCACCCAAACAUAACUUCUAACGAUAUGACAAGAGCAAAAGAUGAAAAAUUUGCAAUGUGGUGUAAAGAUUACAUUAACAAUGCUAGCAAAUCAUUUGAAUUUCCAUUGUGGAUGUUGGAAUUUGUACAAGGUCCAAAGCACCAAAUCAAGUCAUGGCCUAUGUAUUAUUCGAGAGGAUAUCAUUACCACACACAAAGCCAUGGACAAAAUAAAAAGACAAUGAAUUUUGGUGUUUGUGUUCCUGGAACUACUGAGACCGAGUAUUUUGGACUUAUCGAAGAAAUAUUCAUGAUAGAGUAUCACGGUGCCGUUGGGUUAAAAGCCAUGAUUUUUAAAUGUCAUUGGUUCAACAUCGAUCAAGGAAUACGAAGACAUCCAUCUGGCAUUGUUGAUGUUUGCCCACAAAUGCAUUAUGACAAGUACGAUCCUUUUAUAUUACCAGAACAAUGUGAUCAAGUAUGUUAUGUUCCUUAUCCUCGUCUACGAUCAAGAAGAGAAGAAUGGUGGACAACAAUAAAAGUUAUGCCGAGAGGAUUUUUUGAAACUAAAGAAGUUUCUCAAAAUGCAAUACAAAACAAUAUUGUUGAUCAUGUGAUACCAUCCACUAAUAUUGUGCGAGUCGAAGCACAUGCAGUCCAAGAUGAUUCAAAUUACGAACCGAUGCCAAUGAUUAAUCCAGAAGAUGAAUAUUUAUCUGAAAAUGAUUUUAUCGAUCAGUAUGACGAAUAUUCUGAUUCAGAUUCGCAUUCGGACUAAUAAUAUUGUAUGAAUAAAUGGUUAAAAAAAUAAUGUAUGUGUU